AUGAAUGUUCAACGAAAUUCAAAGAUUUGGUUUUUCAAGCUUCAUCAAUAUUCUAGAAAAGGUUUUUUGAAAUUUAGGCUAAAUCAUCAUUGGAUUAAACCUGCAGGAUUUGAAACGGAUAUAAAAAUUUACAACAAAAUCAAAAACGAAAAAGUUCCUUUGAUUUUAUUAAAUAAAAAUUUUGUCAAAUGGUAUUUAUGUGGACCUACAGUGUACAACAGUUCUCAUGUUGGUCAUGCAAGUACAUAUGUAAGAUUUGAUAUUAUCAGAAGAAUUCUGGAACAAAACUUUGGCAUCAGACCAGUUGUUGCUCUAGGCAUCACAGAUAUAGAUGACAAAAUAAUUAAAAAAGCUAAUUUACUUAGUACAAAUUUUAAAACAUUGGCAAAAAAAUAUGAAUUGGAAUUUUUUAAAAAUUUGAAGGAUUUAAAUGUUUUAUCUCCGACAUUUGUUUUAAGAGUGUCCGAUCAUAUUCCUCAUAUUAUAGAUUUCAUUUAUAAAAUAGUAGACAAGAGACAAGCUUAUGUUUCUAAAGAAGGAUGUGUUUAUUUUGAUACUGCAAGUUUUGGAAAAUAUGGAAAACUAAAUCCCAUUCCUUUAGAAAAUUCCGAUCCUGUAAGGAUUGGUAAAAAAUCAUACUUGGAUUUUACCUUGUGGAAAGCAGCAAAACCUGGUGAGCCAUUUUGGGAUUCACCAUGGGGAAAUGGAAGACCUGGAUGGCACAUUGAGUGUUCAGCCAUGGCUAGUGAAAUUUUUGGUUCUAAAAUGGAUUUGCAUUCUGGAGGUAUUGAUCUUAAAUUUCCACAUCAUGAAAAUGAAGAAGCUCAAAGUUGUAGUUACCACGAUUGUGAUCAAUGGGUUAAUUAUUGGCUUCACUCAGGUCAGCUAAUGAUUGAUGAUGAAAAAAUGUCAAAAUCUUUAAAUAACUUUAUAACAAUAGAUGAAUUUUUAAAAACAUAUUCAUCCGAUCAUAUGCGAAUGUUUUGCUUCGAAUCUCACUAUAGAAAUGCUCUGCAUUAUUCUUCUGAAUCAAUGAAAACGGCAGUGUCUACAUGUAAUCUUUUUUCAGAUUUUUUAAUGGAUGCGAAUUCAUACAUAAAAAGUAAUUGGUAUAAAGGAAAUGUAGAAGAAUCGAUAAUUUUGAAAAUGAGUAAUGUAAUUAAAGAUUGUUUAAUGGAUGAUUUUAAUACAUCUCAAUGUCUCAUCAGUCUCAUGAAUUUGACUAAAAAUACAGUGAGAAUGAUGAACGAAGAAGUGACAGUGACCAGUAGCAGAUCUCCAGGUGCUGUUGCUGCAGUUAAGACUUAUGUCGAAGGACUUUUAAAAUCUUUUGGUUUUCAAUUAGAUACAGCUUUAUCUCAAGAAGGAGAAGAUGAUAUUAAAAUGGAGUUUAUUCUCAACAGUGCAAUAAAUUUUAGACAGGAAGUGAGAAAAGAAGCACUGGCAUUGAAAGACAAGACUUUGAAAGGAAAUCUUUUAAAAUCUUGCGAUUCAUUUAGAGAAAAUUUAGGAACGGUGGGCAUCACGCUGAAAGAUCAAGAAAAGAAUGCAACCAGUUGGGGAAUCAAAACAAAGAAAGAAUUAAAACAUUGA